GUGUGUGCAGUAUGCAAAUGAGGACGACUACGUCAGAUCCUGAACUUGAGCGCCAUUUUUUCCUCCAUAGGAGAAGAAAGGGACAAAAGCAGGACCAAAAAUAACUUCUCUCUGGAAGAGGUUCGCGAACAUCAUCUUUUACAUUUGACCGCGCGCUACAUACGUGUGUGUGUGUGGACAGAAGAUGCAGCGCGGAUGAGUAUCUGUGUGCACCGCUGGCAGCAGACGCAGCUCACCGACACACAGAGCUGAGGGCCGGUGGAAGUGGAGAUCGUUAGCCCUGUCGGAGGUGGCACAGCGACAACUAACGUUAACCUACACCGAGACAUUAGCCGAGGCUUUGAGGAAUAAUGUAUCAGGUUCCAGUUGGAAAUAUUGAGAAGAUCAGAAAGGCUCGCAAGGCGGUGAAAAACAUCCUGGGAGAGAUUGGUCUGGAAGACUGCCAGAACCUGUUGAAGGAGCUCCAUGAAAACACUGAGAAAAACACAGAUGAAGAUGAGGCCUUUCAGGAAACGGAGUGGUUUGAUUUCACAGAUGGAUUCAACGGCAGGCUUCAGAAAAAGUGGCCUUACCGGUCUCGGUCGCUGUGCUGUAGCCUGUGCAAGUACUCUUCGCAAAACAUCUACAACUUCAGGAGCCACGUCUCCCGCUGCCAUGGAUAUGUGCAGUCAUUCUGUGCGCUGGCGCCCUGCUCUCAGUGCCUCUUCAUCGGACACCCGAAGUAUCUCAAGAAGCACAUGAUGUUCUUCCAUGCCUCCUUUAUACAGCCACAGAGGGAAGUGUCUCAGCCCACCCAUCGUGGAAAUGAGCGGUAUCAGUGUAGAAGAUGUGGAUAUCCAGCCUCCUCUAUCUUUACGAUGAAGAAGCACAUCAUUCUCAAGCACCUAGCCGGUUUGGCCGAACAGUAUAUCGGUUACAGAUCACACCUUCAAGGGAAUACCACUGUCAGGGUGUAUUGCUGCAAGGUGUGCAAGGUGAACACUGGAAAUCUAGACCAAAUGUUGCAUCACAUGCUGGUUGAGCCCUCACACUAUUCAGUCAGCACACAAGUGCAAAGUUUGAUUUAUGAGAACAAGAACUAUACCAUUAGAGCAACACCUAAUGGGAAUGGCGUGUUUGUGACAUUCCCAAGUAUUGCUCCUAAACCACAGCAACCUCAAGUGUUCAACAGUAAGUCCUUGGUUUUACCAAGUAAUGGCCAACCUGCUGGGACUGUGGUGGCGUUACAACAAUUACAAGGAACUACAAACAGUACUGCUACUCUGAUUUGUGCCCCUGGAACCAACCAAGCUUUUCUGCCCCCUCAAGCAUCAGCGCUAGUGCAGCUAGCUAGUGCUGAAGCUAAAGGUUUGCUCCAGCCCGGUGCCACGAUCGCCCUCCGAAGUGCUUUGCCCCAAGGCUCAUCUAUGGUCCAGCUUCCCACAGUGUCUAACGUGUCUCUGAAACAGGCACCUGUGGCUCUAGCUUCUACUCAACCACAACCGACUCAACUUACUCCGACACAGCAAAUCCUCCUUCCAUCGGGACUGCAGGCCAAUGUUGCAGCUGGACCUGGAACUGGAGCUGUAUCCCAGCCUGCUGUGGUCACACAAAAUGCACCUACGAACCAUACAGCCCUACAAGGUACCAUGCUGACGUCACAGUCCCUGCUGAGUCACCUAAUCCCGACUGGCAACAAGAUGAAUGGCAUGCCCACAUACACUUUUGCUCCACUGCAAGUAGCAAUGCCCGUCUCUCAGAGCACAAGUACCCCUCUCAAGGCUGUUGAGCAAACAAGGAACUCCACACCACAAACUAAGAAAUGGAUUACCUGUCCUCUCUGCAAUGAACUUUUCCCCUCUAACGUCUUCGACAUGCAUACAGAGGUCGCUCACCAGGCAAAAUCCACCACAAACAAGUCAGAAAGUGUGGCGGCGCGAGCAGCAUUCUUGAAGAAAAUGCCGGACAAAACUGUUAAAUGCCUAACGUGCAAAAUUCUACUAUCAGAAAAAAGUGUCUUCCAACAUCUGCUGCACGGCCUGAGUUGUUUGUACUGCUCAGCUUUGUUCUUUUCAAUCAAGCAGCUUGCUGAGCAUGUAAAGCAGCACAAUCCCGCAAGCAAGGCGUAUUGUGAUUUCCUGAGGCAGAAGUACAGGGUCUACUCCAAAGGGGUUGGAGGAAUCCUGUUCCCUUACUUUGAUGUCCACACCACCGCACCAAAAGAGGUCCUAGGAGACACUGAGGUCAACCUGGCCCUAGUCACAAACUCCCUUGACCUGAUCUUCUUCAAGUUGCAGCCGAGCAGCCAGCCAGAAAUCUGUGCAGCACCUGUGAAAAUCAACAGCUCGUACUGUCCCUUCUGUGACGAAAAGUUUCAGAAUGAGUCCAAACACCUUCAGCACCUGAAGCAAAAACACUUUGUAGCACCCACCAUUCAUGCUAUCCUCAAGACAGAGGCCUUUAAGUGCAUAUACUGCAAUGGUGUGUAUACAGGAAAGGUCACCCAGCAGGCUGUGAUGCUCCACAUUCAGCGAUGCCGGUGUUCACCAAAACAGCCACAGCCACCUAAACCUACAGCACCACCACCACCACUACCACCACCACCACCACCACCACCACCACUGCAGCCACCAAAACCAGCUCAGCAGAUCAGUCAGCCACUCUACUUUCUCCAAAUGCCGCAAGGGCUGACUAUGAAACAAACUUUAGCUCCGGCUCGUUUGAUUGCAGCUCCACCACCCCGUGUAGAGACUCCAGAGACAGAAGCAGAGCUGCAGUCUAAGAAGAGGCUGGAGGCAGCAUGGAGGGAGGUGAUGGAGGCCAACAAACGAGAGCGAGAACAAAGGGCAGCCAUGCGCAAGAAGCGAGAGCAGGAGAAGUUGUUGCCCCCACCAGAGCCUGUGGUUCAGCUCGAUCCCACAGUGAAGCUGAUGUUGGAGCCAACCUCCGCAGAGCGCCGCAACAGCGAGGAGCGCAGAGACUUCAUAUCUAAAUACUUCAACCUGAACCCGUACACGACCAAACCCGAGACUGAAGAGCUGUGCAAGAGGCUGUCUCUCACCAAAGCGGAGUUGGCGGCCCACUUCAGCAAGAAGCGCAGCAAGUGCAUGAAGAGUCUCAAAAAGAACACAGCUGCUAUUCUCCUCGGCUUCAACAUGACAGAACUGAGCAAAGUCAAGCACAAUCUCAUAAUCCCUGAACAGGAGCCACCUGCCGAUCCCACAGAGCAGUCAUCUGAUGAUACCUCAGAAGAGCUGGCUGACGAUAUCACGGAGCAGCCACCCUCUGAUCCAAUAAAACAGCCGCCCCCCAAUUCAACAGAGCGGCCAACCGCCGAUUCAUCAGAGCAACCGCGUGCUGAUGCAACAGAGCAGAUGGAAAAUGGUGAGGACGGACCAGAACCGAUGGAUGAAAGUGGAAAUGAGAAAGUUGCCGAUGGGGAACAGGUGGAGCAGAUGGAAAGUUAAAAAGCAAAUAAUGCAAUCGCAGAUGUCCCUGAUUGAAAACCAAGAUACUCUACUGAUGGCCUUUUGUGUUGAUAGUCACUAGAGGAGCUCAUCAUGCAGUGCAUACAAUGUAUUACCUAACAUACAAGUUACUUGUAAGUGAGGGCAGUCUCUUAAAGUAGCCCACAUCAAUAGUGCUUUGUUUGACUCCAGUAUGUUGUCAGUGGUCCAUAUCCAAAUUUCCUU